UAUAUAUUUAUAUUUUUUUUAUAUAUUGUUGACAUUUUUCAUACAUAUAUUCAUAUAUAUCUUCAAGAUUUGAAUCAGCUGAUGUUUUUUCCGGGUUUUGUUUUUAUGGCUGGGGUGGAUCUUCUACUCUUUGUUGAAAUUAUUUAGUAGAUCAUAUCCUACAAUUUCUUAUUUUCUCCCUGCCACUUUUUAGUUGGCGUACUCCAACUUCUAUCCUAAGAUACUUAAAUUCAAAAAUCCAAUUGCCACAUGGUUGAUAUCAAUCGUCCUUAUUCUGUAGCAAAGAUUACGGUGCAAAAGCAGGGGUUAAGUAGGUGAUUGAUGAGGUUGUGCCAACUUUAGUGGCGUUCACUUGGGUGAGUUGUUGAGUUUAAACUUUUGAAAUGGAGUCUGUAGGUAGAGAAUGAGAUAUUAAGACAAAUAGGAAGUGUACAUCUGUAUUCAGAUCAAAUUAUAGCUGGGCUAUAAACGUUAAUUGACUGGCGUUGGUAUCCUAGCACUUAUGGAAGCUUCUGUUUGACAAAACUUCACAUCCCACUUCGUUAAAGUCCUUCAAUGAAAUCAUCAUUCCUGAUAAUAAACUAAACCAUUUCAUUCAUUCAUCUCUAUUUUGUACCUUUGAGUUCACAAUCCCCUGUAAAAAAUGCCUACCAAUCCCUCCAAAACCUUGCUUCUAGUCCUGAUAUUCAUAGAAACGAUUCUAAUCCAACCAUUGAUUUCAUUAUGUGAUGACGAGGAGGAAUAUAUGAACUGCAACUCGUCAUUGAAGUGUCUCACAUAUCCAAAUCUCAGCUAUCCUUUCUGGGGUUCGAAUCGACCUGAUUACUGUGGCCAUCCAAGUUUUGAGUUGAGUUGCAAAGAUGGAGCUCUACAGAUCAUAAUCAAGUCCAUUGCCUAUCGUGUUCUCGAGAUCAAUACCGACACACAGACUCUGAAGGUAGCUAGAAUAGAUUACUGGAACAAUAUUUGUCCACAAUACUUGAAGAACAGCACGUUGGACUUGAAUCUUUUUUACUACAGCUCAAAUACUAAAAUCCUAAAGAUACUCUAUGACUGCCCAUCCUUGCCCGUUAAUCUUCCUGGUCAAUUUAGUUGCAACAUAAACAGCUCCAGUUAUGUUAAUCUCAUCGCAACACAGAAUGCUGAUAGUGGUAUCUCAAACGCGACGAGAUGCAACCAUAGUGUUGAUGUUGCAAUCUCUCAAUCAGAGAUGCAAACUCUACAGAGCAAUCUAAGUGGGCAAAAUCUAAUAAAAGCUCUUGAUGCUGGAUUUGAGUUGCAGUGGAAGAUAGACAAUAACGUGUGUUAUCGGUGUCGAGAAUCAGGUGGGCAGUGUGGUUCAGACCCAAGUUUGGGAGAAUUCACUUGUUAUUGCUUAGAUGGAGCUUUUAAAACCACUUGUGGAUCAACACCAUCAGGGAAGAAAAGGCAAUCCAAUUCCAGGCCCCUUCUAAUUGGUGUUUCAAUUGGAGGAGCAUGUUUGGUUGCAAUAAUCUUAGGAUGCUGCAUCAUCUUUUACUUGAGAAGAAAGAAGAAACAUCCCAUUCAAUCUAUAAGCAGAGAAGCCCCUUCUCCUCCUCCUCCUCCUCCUCUGUCUGAUCAUCUUAACAAAGACCUGCCACCUCCUCCUCUUUUGAGUUCCUUUCAGAGUCACAGCAUUCCUUCUUAUCCCUCUUCCAAAUCCGACCUCGAGAAGGGCGGCAACAACCACAAAAUUCAAGUAUUUAGCUAUUCCGAACUCGAAAAAGUUACCGAUAAGUUUAACCGUUCUCGAGAGCUCGGAGAUGGAGGAUUUGGCACCGUUUACUAUGGGAAGCUUUAUGAUGGCCGUGAGGUUGCUGUGAAGCGUCUAUAUGAACACAAUUGCAAACGUGUGGAGCAGUUCAUGAAUGAAGUGGACAUCCUUGCCAAUUUACAACACCACAACCUUGUCAAACUCUACGGCUGCACCUCAAGAUUCAGCCAAGGCCUUCUCCUUGUCUACGAGUACAUUCCCAACGGAACGGUAGCCGACCAUCUCCACGGCUCGCGGGCAAAGCUUGGUUUGCUCAGUUGGCCUCUUCGGUUGCGAAUCGCCAUCGAAACAGCAAAUGCACUUGCAUACCUCCACCAUUCUGAUAUCAUCCACCGUGAUGUCAAAACAAACAACAUUCUCCUUCACAACAACUUCACUGUCAAAGUGGCUGAUUUUGGCCUCUCAAGGCUGUUCCCUACUGAUGUAACUCAUGUGUCCACUGCCCCACAGGGCACCCCGGGCUAUGUCGAUCCUGAGUAUUACCAAUGCUAUCAACUCACUACUAAGAGCGAUGUGUACAGCUUUGGCGUGGUCUUGAUUGAGCUUAUAUCGUCCCUACGAGCAGUUGACACGGAUAGGAAACGGCAUGAUAUCAAUUUGAGCAACAUGGCAGUGAGUAAAAUACAAAGUCGAGCAUUGAAUGAGUUGGUUGACCCGAAGCUCGAUUUCGAUACUAAUGAUGAAGUUAUGAGGAUGACAACAUCAGUUGCAGAGUUGGCUUUUCGCUGCCUACAACAGGAAAGGUACAUGAGGCCUUCCAUGGAAGAAGUCGUUGAAGUGUUGAGGGAGAUUGAGAAUGAUAAAUCCAUUGCUGGGAUGGCUGAAGUUGUCGAUAUCGGAGUUGCUGCAGACGAUGUCGAGCUUACAAAGAACACAACACCCUCCCUUUCGCCAAAUUCUGUCAUAGUUGACAACUGGGUUAGCAGCUCUACCAUCACAAAUUCCUUGUGAUUCUUGAAUCUUGAUAUUUGCUUAUUUUUGUUCCUUCAUCUGGGUUCAUAUUUGGAUAAGUACAUAUUGUGUAAUGUGUAUAGCAGUUUUUGGAUAGCUGACACUGUAAACCAUAGCCUUCAUUUCAACAUGGGAUUAAAAUUUGAUUUGUCUUUAAACU